AUGGCAACCCAGAAGCAGAACCCUCCCAAGGGCAAAAAGGCCCCCAAGGUCAAGCAGAUGGAACUCCCCAAUGCUGCUGCUGGAGUCGUCACCCGGUUCCCGCCAGAGCCAUCGGGUUACCUACACAUCGGUCACUCCAAAGCCGCCCUGCUCAAUGACUACUUCGCUCACAUACAAUACCCGGGAGGGAAGCUGAUCCUCCGAUUUGACGACACAAACACCGAGAAAGAGAACGAGGAGUAUCAGGAGGCAAUUCGGGAGGAUGUGGCGCUAUUGGGAAUCACGCCAGACAUGAUUUCCUACACAAGCGACUACUUCGACAAGAUCGACGAGUACUGCGUGAAAAUUAUCCAGGCAGGAAAAGCAUAUGCAGACGACACUCCCGGCGAUGUCAUGAGUGCCCAGAGAUUGGCUCGCGAGCCCAGUGUGCACCGAGACGACAGUGUGGAGGACAACCUUGCCAGAUACGAAGAGAUGAAGAAGGGAACAGAUGAAGGACGAAGAUGGUGCAUUCGAGCGAAGAUUUCCUACGCAAACGACAAUGCAGCUUUGCGAGAUCCGGUCAUCUUCCGUUGCCCCAAGACCCAGACUCCUCAUCACCGAACCGGCGACAAGUACAAGGCCUAUCCCACGUACCAGUUCGCAUGCCCCAUCGUGGACUCGCUUGAAGGCGUGACCCAUGCUUUGAGAACGACCGAGUACAACGAUCAAGAUGCUCAGUACAAGUGGAUUCUGAAGGCAUUGGAGUUGCGGGCCCCCUUCAUCUGGACCUUUUCCAAGAUCCAAUUUGUGCGAACACUCAUGUCCAAACGCAAGCUCACCAAGCUCGUGAAUGCCGGUGUUGUGUCUGGAUGGGACGACCCACGAUUCCCCACCGUGCGAGGAAUCAGGCGGCGGGGCAUGACUGUCGAAGGUCUCCGUGAUUUCAUGGUCAGCCAAGGGCCUAGCAAGAACGUGGUGAACAUGGACUGGCAUACUAUCUGGGCCAUGAACAAAAAGGUGAUCGAUCUGAUUGCCGGCCGAUAUACUGCCAUUGACAAGAACCAUGUGGUUUGCAAAGUCAAAGGCCUAAAGGACGAUGCGCCUUACUCUGAGAUGAAGCCUAAACAUGCCAAGCAUGAUCUAGGACAGAAGAAGGUUGUGUACAGCUCCAACAUCAUCAUCGAGCAAGAGGAUGCCCGCACUUUCGCCAAGGACGAGGAAAUCACGCUGAUGAAUUGGGGUAACGCUUACAUUCGAGACAUUCAGUACGAGAACACGUCAGACAAGGCUGACAUUGCCGAUGGUGUCAACGCUUUGGGCAACGUCAGGUCUCUAGAACUCGAAUUGCAUCUCGAUGGCGAUUUCAAAGCGACCAAGAAGAAGAUCACUUGGCUCUCCACAGAUCAGGACCUCGUUCCUGUUGAUCUGGUCGAUUUCGAUCAUUUGUUGAGCAAAGAUAAGUUGACUGAGGAGGAGGAGGAGCACUGGGAGGACUUCUUGACGCCCAAGACCGAGUUCAGAUCAUCCGCACUGGCAGAUUGCAAUGUUUGGGACGUCAAGGUUGACGACAUCAUCCAGUUUGACAGAAAGGGAUACUUCCGUUGUGACAAGGCUGCUACAAAGGACUCACCGGCCGAGUUCUUCAAAAUUCCAACAGGAAAGGAAUAG